AGCCGACAUUUCUGGUAGAAAUCUUGAGUAAUCUGCUGGCCUGUAACUUAUUUCGAGAAACAGUUUUCGCGUGCAUUCCAAACGCGACGGUUCGGCUUAAAGAAAUCGCGGAGAACUCAGCGAAGUCCAAAGUGAAUAAAUACAAAGUGUUGGUGGUUAAUUGAAUGAAAACGCCUUAAGAAAAAGCAAAAGUGCUUUCGAAAGUGAAGUGAAUUAAAUUAAAAUAAAGCCAAAAGCUUUGGUUAGGUGUAUCACAAAAAUAAAGAAAGAGUGCGUUAUUUAUAUAAAACAAAAUUAACAGUGAAAGAGUUAACAUCUACCAUUACUUGGAAUAUUUGUAUAAAAAGCGCCGCUAAAGGAAUAUACCUUGGAUUAGUUUUGUAUUGAAUAUGUGCCAAGUUGGUCACAACCAACGAACUCCACCCACAAAAUCCAUGAUCUAGCCCUUUGCCAUGAUGCUGCUGCCCAUCUUGCUACUACUUUGUUUUGGCCUUAACCUAAUUAGAGCAGAAAGUUGUCCUCCAUCGCAGGCUAUAUUGCCAUGUCGCUGUUCCUUGAGGGGAAAGGAAAUUCAGAUAUGGUGUUCGCACAGCAAUCUGCCUCAAAUCAUGGAUGGCUUAAAAGCAGUCGAACGGAACAUCAAAGGUCGAAUUGAUGAGUUGGUGCUGGAGAACAAUCAGUUGCCCGCUUUACCGGGAAGAUUCUUUGGCAGUUUGCAGAUUGUGCGCCUAAUGCUUCGCCAUAAUAGCAUCGAAAGAGUUUCCAACGGAUGGUUAAACGAAUUGGAGAACGGUCUGGUGGAGAUCUUCGUGGUGGAACCCCAACUCCGCAGCAUUCCUGAGGAGAGUCUCAAUGGAAUGAUCAACAUGCUGGCCAUUACCAUCCAAAGUGAUGAGUUGAAACACCUUCCGGAUUUCUCUGGACUGCUCAGCUUGACCUAUUUGAGUGUCCAGACUGCAGCUCUCCAGGAAUUGCCUUCCCAUCUCUUUAGACACCUCCCCAAACUGCAGCAUAUCCACAUCACUGGUGGUGCAGGACUCACCCGCUUGGAAGCGGGUCUCUUUGAUGGUUUGAUUUCCCUGAAGAAUCUAGAUCUCUCGCACAAUGGUCUCAAUUGGAUUCACUUGCGUGCCCUGUCCAGAUUACCCAAUUUGGUUAGCCUAAAGCUGUCUUACAAUCAAAUCAGUGAUGUGGGGAUGGUGGGUCGCAUUGUCAAGGAUCUGGAGCACUUGAAGAAACUUCGAUUGGAUCACAACCUCAUCACUGUUAUAGAAGACGGCUCCUUUGUGGAUCUGCCCAAUCUCUCAGAGCUUCACUUGAAUGAUAACCGAAUCACGGAACUGCAAUAUGGGGCAUUUUUGCGCACUCCUCAAUUGAAAACCAUAUAUCUGCAGAAUAAUCUUAUUCGGAGGAUUCAUCCGGAAUCAUUACUUCAAGCAAGUGGAAGUGGCGUGGAGGCAGUGCACAUUUAUAACAAUGAAAUUGGUCAUGUGGAGGCCUUGAGAGCUUUGCUGGAUGCUUUGCCUACCCUAAAAUAUCUAGAUAUGAGUAGUAAUCUUCUGAGUGAACUACCUUAUGGAGCUCUUCGUGGUCAUGGAACCCUGGAGCAACUGCAUCUAAAUCACAAUCUUCUGAGACUCAUCGAAAGGGAUGCUUUGAUGGCCAUGCCUGCUUUGCGGGAACUGCGAAUGAGAAAUAACAGUCUAUCCUCGGAUUUACCAUUACCAUUUUGGAAUCUGCCGGGAUUAAAGGGUCUCGAUCUGGCACAGAAUCAAUUUGCCCGAGUUGACUCUCAAUUGCUGGCGGGACUUCCUUCUUUAAGACGUCUAGAUCUCAGCGAAAAUGGUUUAAUCGAGAUGGCACCCAAUAGUUUUCGUCAUAAUCCUCUACUGGAAACGCUUAACAUAUCCUCAAAUGAGCUAACCAAAAUUCACUCCUCCACAUUAAUUCAUUUGGAAAGGCUUUUCGAGGUUGAUGCCAGUUACAAUCAGUUGAAAACGAUGAUUGGAGGACUUCCUAGGAUUGUGGAGCGCAUUUCUCUAAAGGGUAACCACAUUACUUCUUUACCAGCAGCUGCCAGCAAGGAUUUGCAACUCCCAAACUUGAGAAUGCUCGAUCUCAGCCAGAAUCAUAUAGAACAGCUACCCAGACAUGGUUUUCAAGGGGCAUCGGAGUUAAGAGUUUUAAGUCUAGCUCAAAAUGAAUUACGUCAGUUGGAGGAUACUUCCUUUAUAGGCAUUCAACGUUUGGAAUUACUCCACUUGCAGGAAAAUCAAUUGGGUGAAGCGGAUGAACGGGCUUUAUUACCACUCGCAGAAUUAAGAAAUCUAAAUUUGCAAUCCAAUAAACUAGAGGCCAUUACGGAUAACUUCUUUUCGAACAACAGCAGACUUGAGCAACUGGAUCUCUCUAGAAAUCUCAUUCGCAGCAUUUCUCCCACAGCUUUCGAUACCCAGAGAUCUCUGGAGUAUCUAGAUCUUUCAGGAAAUGCUCUUCUGGAUAUAUCUGUUGGCUUGGGCAAUCUUAACAGCCUGCGAGACAUCGAUCUUAGUUACAAUCAAAUAUCGCGUGUGCAAUCCGAUGUGAUUAAUGGCUGGCGGAAUGUAGUGGAAAUUCGAUUGUCAAAUAAUCUUAUUGUUGAACUCCAGCAAGGCACUUUCCGUAAUCUUCCAAAGUUGCAAUAUCUGGAUCUUAGCAGCAACGAGAUUCGGAAUGUGGAGCCUGGAGCUCUAAAAGGCCUCGAUGAACUGCAGGAAUUCGUUCUGGCGGACAAUAAGUUGGUGGAGCUGAAGGAUCAUGUUUUUGAGGAGCUGCCAAGUCUCUUGGCUUCCCACUUUCAAUACAACAAACUGCGAUACAUCUCCCCAGAAAGUUUUCAUAAUGCCAACUCGCUGGUGUUCCUAAAUCUGUCCAAUAAUCACUUCAGGAACAUGGAGAAUAUUGGUCUAAGGAGCAUGCGUAACUUGGAGGUUUUAGAUUUAUCCACCAAUGGCGUCAAAUUGGUUUCUACCAUGCCACUCAAGGCGCUUAAUUGGUUGGUGGAACUCAAAAUGGACAACAAUCAGAUAUGUCGAAUACAGGGUUCUCCAUUUGAAACAAUGCCACGUUUGCGAGUCCUUUCCAUGCGAAAUAAUCAACUGAGGAGCAUUAAAGAAAGAACAUUCCGCAAUGUACGAGGAAACAUAGCUAUUUUGGAUGUGGAUGGCAAUCCCAUAGACUGCAAUUGUGAGAUGCAGUGGCUUUCGGUUUGGCUGCAGGAGACAAACUUCCCAUAUCCAGGACCCAAAUGCCAGGAUGGACGACUUUUGAGAUCAGCUCGCAUGGAAAGAAGUCUCUGCCUGGGUGCAGAUAUCUAUGGAAACGAACGAACCGAUGGCAACCAGUUGCCACUGCUCAACGAACACGGAGAUGUCUUCCAGCGAGAUUUACCCGACGAUUUCAACGACGAGUGCGAGGUGAAUGAGGCCACAAGACUCCCUGGAGACCGACCACUUGUGGGCGAGAGCGAGUACUUCUACGAUCAGUAUGUGGACGCCACCGAGGCACCAGAUACCACCAACUCCGUGAUCAGUACUUCCCAGCGACCCAAACCGAACCCAACGAUAAACAGCAAUAUAGAUCUGAAUAACACGAUACUCCACACCAAAUACUUUAAUCGAAAACCUCAGCCGGGAGGUGGUUCACCCUUCACGUUCUUUGGUUACCCUCUGCCCAGUGUGAGUCUGGGUCGCUUUUUCGGUUUCGGAGAUCGAGGAAGGAAACAGCGAACGGAUUCUAUUGAUGAUAUGCCCGCCACCCAUCGAAUGGCCCACAUAAACCUGCCAAGUGGAAGGGGCAAAACCAGGAUGUAUCAACCGAAUAGCGCCGAAUUCGAAAAGUAUCUGAAGAACCAGCAGCAGCAGGAGAAGCAGAACAUAGCCAGAAACCGGUAUGUGGACACGGACUCCACCACUUCGUCCGUGGAGGAUGCACUGAGCAACGAGAGCGGGAGUGCUGCCACCACGGUGGGUGUCUUUCGCACCACCUUUCGUGAGCCAUCGAGCAUCGAACGCGGUGGCUUCCGUCCCAUUGUUCCCGCGCAUAUCGGUGGUUUUAUGCCUGUCCAUGAUCCCCAGCAGCGUCGUGGUUUGGUGGAAGCUGUGAAUGCUACGGGAAAACCACCAGAAACGAUCCAAAGCAAAGGUGAAAGGAAGUUUAUUCCCAUUUCCGUUCAGGCACGACCCAAGCCUACCAAAAGUAGUGGUGAAAGUUCUGAGACAGCCACUUAUGAUGUCACGGAAACCACUCCAGAUGUGACCACCACAACGCCUUUGAUGCAGAGAAUUACGACCAGUACAACUAGAGCUCCAACCACAACCACAACAAGGAGGACUACAACCACAAGUACUACCCAGAGAACUACUUUAAGUGAUGCAUCAGCAUCCGCUUCCAGCAGUGAACAGGAACAGCAGGAGUCGCAGUACGAUGACGACGAUUUGGAGGCGCAAUCUGUGACCCUGCUGAGGCCUCCUCCUCUGGUGCAAACAACCACGGCGGAGACGAUCCUGUUGAUUCCACCAGCCGAAGAACACGAGGCGCAGAUCAAGAGCCGAUCUUGGUUGACCACCUCAACGCCACAAAGUCCUAGUGACUAUCAAGUAACUCCUGCUCGUUCCACCAGCACAGUGCCUUCACUGCCCCCUCAAUCUCCGCCUUUACGAGGCGGCGGACGGUCCACCAUCACCAAGGUGUACACACCUUACCAGCAACAGGUGGCUCAACCCACGGCGGAGGAGUAUCAGCGCACCACGCCCAGUGCGGAUAACGAGGGCGUGGCCAGCGAGCAUCAGCUCACGGCGAAUGCCCAAAAGCGCACCGAACUGGAACUCCUUCAAGUGGAUCGAGUCGAUCGUAAGGAUGGCAUGGAUUGGUACUAUGAGAGCUUCAAAAAGAAACGUGACUUUAAUGGCGGUGCUGCUGUGCGAAAAACAGCCCACAAGGAGGUGUUCUUUGAUGGAGUAGGUGCUUCGUCCAGUUGGAAUCGCUUGCACAAGAAGGAGAUCCUCUUUCUUAGCUUGUUAUUGUUGUGGAGAGCGUGUUAA